ACGUAUUUUAAAGAGCGCCAGUCAAACUUCAACUGCUGUCAUAUGUUGAUAAACUUGUAAAUGUUCAACUUGUGGGAAGGAAAGAAAAGUGCAGAUGUCGAAAUUGUUUCUACCACGAAGCAGACGCGUUUACAGACACACUUUAUUUGUUGAAUUAUUAUUUUAUUUACCUUAAUUUAAAGUCUUCAGGACAGGAUGGCCGCUUUACGUGCAGCUAAACAAGCUCUGAGGAAAGAAAUAAAGCGACGGGUUGCAGCUCUGAGUGACGAGGAGAAACACCGACAGUCUAUGGUCCUGUCUCAGCAGCUGUUCACACACCCUAAGUAUGUGUCCUGUCAGAGGAUCGCAGUGUUCCUCAGCAUGCACGACGAGGUGCGCACUGAGGAGAUCAUCAAAGACGUCUUCAAGCGGGGUAAAAGCUGCUUCAUCCCCAGGUACGAGACCACCACCAGCAACCAUAUGGAUAUGGUGAAGCUCCACAGCCUGCAGGACAUGGAGACGCUGCCUCUGACAGCCUGGAACAUCAGACAGCCUACAGCAGAGGACACCAGCAGAGAGGAAGCGCUGUCUGCAGGAGGUCUGGACCUGAUCCUGAUGCCGGGGCUGGGGUUUGACCGGUCCGGGAACCGGCUGGGACGAGGGAAGGGCUUCUAUGACACCUACCUGGAGCGCUGCAUGAAGCACCCCAAGGGAAAGCCCUACACCAUCGCCUUGGCCUUCAAAGAGCAGCUGUGUCAGGAGAUCCCUGUCGAUGACAAUGAUGUGCUCAUAGAUGAAGUCCUGUAUGAGGCUGAUGAGUAACUCAUGAUGAGUAGCUCAUCAGCCACCAGUGGUGCCCCAUGAAUAUUUACCAGAAUCAAACAGUUUACUCUGGCCUUAAUUUACACCAAACCUAAUGGACUAUUCACUGCAGAUAUUGUGACUUGAUAUGGUGGGAGUAGUUCAGGUGAAUAAGACUAAUGAUGGUCCCAGUUAUUCCCAGCUGUGGUGUCCUGCUAGAGUCAUAGUAUUAUUUGUAAUGACAAUACUCAGGUUAACCUACUAAUUAAAUAGCUGUAUAUUAAUUUGAGUGAAAGGUGCUGAAACCUAAUAUUGUAUGUCAGUAUUCUGCUCUACAUGCCAUGCUCAUGUUGCCAUAAAGACUUAAUUAAAUUGUGCUUCUUAAAAGAAUAAUUUUACAUUAAUGUGCAAUAGGCCCAAAUAAAGAGAAGUGCAAAUAAAGUUGUACUGGGGGGAAAAUAAAUAAUGUUUAUUGAAAUUUA